AUGGGUUCACGAAAACGAAGCGCAGUGUGGAAUCAUUUUGAGGAAGUAGAACCAAAAAAAGCAAAAUGCCUUUAUUGUGCGAACAUGCUAAAUUUACCCGCUGAAAAUUGCGGUAACCUAAGUAGACAUUUAAAAAGUAAACACCCCACAGUAUCCCUCGUAGCUAAAAGGCAGCCAACGCAGCAGGCAUGUUUUCAAGAAGCCCCGCAGGAUACACUUGCGGCAACAUCAACUGUGACAGAAUCUGUCACGUCCAGUGCCCCUGCCUGUGGCCCUUCCUCCGUUGAGUUACCUCCUCAUCAGUCGUCCAUCAAGGAAUAUGCGCAUAGCACAAAAUCUAUGCCGACUCGGCGUGCGGAACUUUUAGAUGAGCAGCUUGUGCGCAUGAUUGCAAAUGGCUAUUACCCAUUCAGUAUCGUGGAGGACGAAGAAUUUAAAAAAUUUGUACAUAUGCUGUGCCCAGGGUACACGCUGCCAACAAGGAAAACACUGUCACAGACGUCAAUUCUCAAAAUGUGCAAAAAAACAGGAAGAGAAAUUGAGGCAUAA